AUGUCUCUAAUGAUGGUCGCGGACAAACUGAAUGAAUUACUGCAACCGCCCUCUGCUACCGGUAUCAAGCUGCCGAGAGCACUCACAGAUGCCACAGCAUCAACCCGCACCGUGGAAGCAUUGCAUCAUUUCCACAAAGCCCCAGCCUUUGCAACCGAAAGCCAAACACCCGUUCGAAUCGUAAUGGGCAAAAUGGUCCAACUUGCCUUCGAAACCCCCUUCCUCAUGCACGCCAUAAUAGCAGCCGCAACAACCCACCUCUGCACCCUCCUCCCAGACAACAAAGACUACCGCCUAGCAGAAGCCUACCACUGGCAACAAACAAUCAACCAAUACUCGACCGAAGUCUCGAAAACCAUAACCCGCGCCAACAUGGACAAGCUCUACUCCACCUGCAUGAUAGUCAGCAUGCACUCCUUCCACCAAGAAACCUUCAGCCCGCGCACCUCCUUCGUCUUCACAACCGACCCAACCGCACUAACCUGGCUCCGACUCCAAGCCGGCAUGCGCUACCUCCUCGAGCGCACGGGCCACUGGCUCCCGCAGAGCAUGUGGUGGACUGUAUUCAUGGAGUCGCGGGAUGCAUCGCUGGACUUCGAGGAUAAGCGUCCCGGGCGUGUGGGUCUUGAUCCGGAUUUGGCGGAUCUUUGUGGGAUUGCGGAGGAUACGACUGUCGAGGGGAAUCCGUGUUUGUGGCCUUUGCGCAUGCUUAUGGGGUUGUUGCCGUUUGAGAGGAAUACGAAGAGUUUUAAGGUUUAUAAUACUUGGAUGGGGAGGCUGGAGAAUCCGUUCUAUGGGUGUUUGCUUAGGAAGGAGGCGCCGGCGCUUGUUUUGUUGGCUUGGUGGUUGGGGCUUAUGUGUUAUGUUGAGGAGUGGUGGGUUGAGAUGAGGGUUCGCUCGGAGUGUACGGCUAUCUGUAUGUUUUUGGAGGAUAGUUGUGAUCCGUUGGUUUUGAGGUUGUUGGAGUUUCCGGCGUCGUGUUGUGGGUAUUUACUUCGACAUGAGCAGGAACGGGCUGGGGUUCUUGAGUUGAAUUGA